GUACUAUGGCGUGAUAUUGUUUUUGUGUACAAACAUAGCAACGUUAUGACAGCUGUAAUAUAAACGACUCAAAACGCGAAAUGUGUAUACAUUCUUUCGCAAAAUGGAUAAAUUUUCCGACGUUUGCAGACUCGAACAAAGUGGCAGUCGUGUAGGGGGUCUUGUGAUUAAAAAGAAAGAUACCGACAAGGAUAAGGAUGUUUUCAAAAAACCGAAACCAUCGCUUCUGGGACUGGACAAAUUGGCCGCUGCACAGCGAGCAAGAAAGCAACAAUCCUCUGCGCGACUUUCCUUCAAAGAUGCCGAUGGGAAUGAUCUGGACGACGAAGGCGGCGAAAAAAGUGGUGAAGGGAGUGCCAGAUUCGACGCCAACAAGCACGUAUCGUCAUCGUCAUCAUUUAAAAAGUAUAGGGAGAGCCUAGUGGAAACUCCAUCGCACACCGGGGGUGUUAGUGAUGUGGCAAGGAAACGUUUAGACGAGCGUUCGCGAGAUGAUCACGGAAAGGGUUUGUAUGCAUCUACUAAGUCUAAGAAAAAAGGGGACGGGGAUUCCGACGAGCAGGAUAAUGACCGCAAAAGGCACAGGUAUUCCAGUUCUUCAAGCAGGAGACACCAAGAAGAGUCGUCUGUGAGGACGCCAAGUUACUACAAAGAUGAACCGAGGACUCCGCGAUCAGAUCGCCGCAUGGAUGCAUUUGGCUGGGAAGAUGAAGACGAACGACAUUCCGGGUCCGGCUCUAAAAAAUCAUCCUGGGAUUAUCCAACACCAAAAAUUCCGAAAGGGUCAGAAUCGGUUAGAAGCAAUAGGCCAUCCUCGUCGAUGUCAUCAUCGUCUCGUCGGAAUAGAGACGAUGAAACACCACGUCCGACGCCGGCGCAUAAAUACAACAAAUGGGCUCCGGAUAGGAAAGAGUCGGGUGCUACUCCGAGGACCGAUAGAAGAAGUCUUCCGUGGCAGAAUGAGGAAGACAAAGAUUUGUGGGAACAAGAACAAGUUCGCCUGGACAGAGAGUGGUACAGCAUAGGUGAAGGUUAUGACGAAGAUAACAAUCCCUUCUCAGGGACCAGUUCGGAAUACUUGCAGAAACGCGAAGAACAGUUAGAGCAGCGUCGAAUAAAACGAAUGUCUGCUCAGCAAAGGCAGAUUAACAAAGACAAUGAGCUCUGGGAAAAGAAUCGUUUGCUGACCUCUGGCGUUGUAAUGUCGAUUAAUUUUAAUGAAGAUUUCGACGAGGAAGCCGUGGAAAGGGUUCAUCUCUUAGUACAUCACACUGUUCCUCCUUUCCUUGAUGGGAGGAUCGUGUUCACUAAACAACCCGAGCCGGUAAUUCCUGUGAAGGACCCCCAGUCAGACAUGGCAAUGACGGCGCGAAAGGGAAGUGAGCUGGUAAGAAAAUAUCGCGAGCAAAAGGAGCGAAGAAAAGCCCAGAAAAAACACUGGGAGCUGGGUGGAACUAAACUUGGAAAUAUAAUGGGGGUGGCAAAGAAGCAAGACGACGACGAUGCUAAAUUCGAUGCCGAAACUGACACAGCCGAUUAUCGGAAGGGCCAGAAAUUUGCCGAACACAUGCAAGCGCAGGAUGAUGAUGCCGAAUUCACCAAAAAGAGACCAAUUUACGAACAGCGGAGGUCGCUACCGGUGUUUGCGGUCCGUCAGGAUUUGUUGAAUGUGAUUCGGGAGAAUUCGGUGGUGAUUAUCGUGGGCGAGACGGGCAGUGGUAAAACGACACAGCUGACGCAAUAUUUGCACGAGGAUGGCUACAGUCGGCUGGGAAUGAUCGGAUGUACGCAGCCCAGGAGAGUGGCCGCAAUGUCUGUGGCGAAACGAGUCUCAGAUGAGAUGAACACUAAACUUGGACACGAAGUGGGAUAUGCCAUACGUUUCGAGGAUUGCACCUCGGAGAAAACGGUCAUCAAGUACAUGACUGAUGGUAUUUUGCUGAGAGAAAGUUUACGAGACAGCGAUUUGGAUGGCUAUUCGGCUGUCAUCAUGGACGAAGCCCAUGAAAGGUCACUUUCAACGGAUGUCCUGUUUGGACUGCUGCGUGAUAUCAUCGCUAGACGUCGAGAUUUGAAACUGAUCGUAACAUCCGCCACUAUGGAUGCCACAAAAUUUUCCGCCUUCUUCGGAAACGUCCCAACAUUUACAAUUCCUGGAAGAACUUAUCCCGUCGAUGUUUAUUUCAGCAAAAAUGUCUGUGAAGAUUAUGUGGAGUCCGCCGUGAAGCAAGCGCUUCAAAUACAUCUUCAACAGGUGGAAGGGGACAUGUUGAUUUUCAUGCCCGGUCAAGAAGAUAUCGAAGUAACGUGCGAGGUGCUAGCGGAGCGUAUAUCAGAGAUUGAGAACGCCCCUCAAUUGUCAAUUUUACCCAUCUACUCCCAACUUCCGUCCGAUCUACAAGCAAAGAUCUUCCAACGAUCCGCUGAGGGUCUCAGAAAAUGUAUCGUUGCAACGAAUAUUGCUGAAACUUCUCUAACCGUAGAUGGAAUCAUCUUUGUAAUUGAUGCAGGCUAUUGUAAACUGAAAGUAUACAAUCCCCGGAUUGGUAUGGACGCUCUUCAAAUCUACCCUAUCUCCCAGGCGAACGCCAACCAGCGGUCGGGUCGUGCUGGUCGAACCGGUCCCGGGCAAGCUUUCCGUCUCUACACCGAUCGACAAUAUAAGGAUGAACUGCUAGCUCUUACCGUUCCGGAAAUUCAGCGAACCAAUUUGGCCAACACUGUGCUUCUGCUCAAAUCACUGGGAGUUGUUGAUUUGCUCCAGUUUCACUUCAUGGACCCACCGCCGCAGGAUAACAUCCUCAAUUCGUUGUAUCAGCUAUGGAUUCUGGGUGCGCUGGAUCAUACGGGAUCGCUCACGCCGCUCGGCAGACAGAUGGCAGAAUUUCCGCUCGAUCCGCCACAGUGUCAGAUGCUGAUUGUUGCCAACCAAAUGGAAUGUAGUGCGGAGAUUCUGAUUAUCGUUUCGAUGCUCUCCGUACCUUCGAUAUUUUACCGCCCAAAAGGAAGAGAGGAAGAAGCUGACAAUGUGCGAGAGAAGUUCCAGGUGCCGGAAUCCGACCAUCUAACAUAUCUUAACGUGUAUCAACAGUGGAAGAUGAACAAAUAUUCAUCGAAUUGGUGCAACGAGCAUUUCAUUCACAUCAAAGCUAUGCGGAAAGUUCGCGAGGUUCGUCAACAGCUCAAGGACAUAUACGUCCAGCAACGUCUGAAAGUACAAUCUUGUGGUACUAAUUGGGAUGUUAUAAGAAAGUGUAUCUGCUCGGCUUAUUUCUAUCAGGCGGCUCGACUCAAAGGUAUCGGCGAGUAUGUGAACCUUCGGACAGGAAUGCCCUGCUAUUUGCAUCCCACUUCGGCUUUGUAUGGACUGGGAACCACUCCGGAUUAUGUGGUCUAUCAUGAGCUUGUUAUGACGGCGAAGGAAUAUAUGCAGUGUGCAACGGCUGUGGAUGGAUUUUGGCUGGCAGAGCUAGGUCCCAUGUUUUUCUCCGUCAAGGAAACCGGGAAGAGCAGUCGGGAAAAACGCAAGCAGGCGGCUGAACAUUUGCAUCAGAUGGAGUCGCAAAUGCAAAAGGCUCAAGAGCAAAUGGUGAAGCAAAAACAAGAAGAGGUAGAAAAGCAACAGCAGCAGAUGGUUAAACAAGAAAUCAUAACUCCUGGUGCAACCCCCCGGAGGACUCCAUCGCGUAUUGGUCUGUGAUCAAUAGUUGACACUUGAUACCUCUACUUCGAUUGUUAUCUUUGUCAAACUACAGUGCGCUAUAUAUGAAUAAAUACACCUUUUUUAACUAAAAUAUUUU